UCUAGCUAGUGUACACUGUACUGCACAGUAGAAAAAUGAAACGUCGACAUGUCGAAGGCGAUGCAGCGUCUGACCUGAAAAAGCGCAAGGCAACUGACUCGGAAAUAACAAAGAUGACCGUAGCGCCAAUCAGUCAAUUUUCUACAUCACCUUGUCCGGUCUACAAGCAACCUGUCGAGCUCGGUUGCUUCUCAUUGGACAUAGAUAGAGCAUUUCACUCGGAUCGUCGUGGUUUGAGAACGUACUGUGCUCCAGAUGUGCGGCUGAGGCUUCAUCUUAGUGCUGGAUACGAUGGAUAUGUAGAAAAAGAAGGCACGGAAUAUCUUGAUCACAUACUCACCUGGAUUACUUACAAUCUAUCGAGCCUACAGAGCAGACAUUCAAUCUUGUUGUCAAAUGAGAGACUUCCUUUUGAUUUUAUUACUUGGAGAGGCCAAUUCACCAAGAUCAUGUGUACACCCUAUGAACGUCGAGAUCCGUGGCGAAUAGGCCUGUCGCUCUGGAAUGGAACUAUUUACAUGACCGAACUUGAAACAGAACAUUCUCGCCAGCAGAAACUCACUCAAACAGAACGGCAGAAGUUGAUGUGCUACUGGGGUCGCAAGUUUGAGGAUUACUGUACAGAAGAAAGAAGUUCAUUGGAAGUUAGAAACCCAGUUAAUAAUAUGGAGGCAUUCUGUAGUGUUGUGAGUACAAGUCUGGAUGAUUACCGGAUACUAAUGGCUGGUGAAGUCGAUUGUAUGAGAAAGGAGUGUGACAAGAAGCCUCCAGAAAAUUAUAUAGAAUUGAAAACAUCACGGAAGAUCGAAGGUCAUAGACAAGGAAGUUCCUUUCGAAGAUUUAAACUUCUUCGUUGGUGGUGUCAGUCAUACUUGUUAGGAGUUCCAGAGAUUAUUGCUGGUUUUCGAGACGAUGAUGGCAUCCUACAACAUUUAACAACAUACAGAACACUUGAACUACCCAAUCUAGUGAAGAGUGAGAGAAAUGUAUGGAGUGGAUCACUUUGUUUGACCUUUACGAAGAAGCUGCUGAGUUGGAUCCAGACUGUUGUAACCAAAGAAAAUGUUGUGUAUGUGAUGGAUUGGGAGUCACCAUUCACUCAUGUCACAAUGGAAGAAACACAAGAAGACAAGUUUGUAUUUCUGCGGCAAUGGUAUAUAAAAAACCUUGAAUCAAAUGAUCAAGUUGGGCAAAGGCAAGCACACCAAUAGCUGUAUAAAAAACUGCUAUUCAGUUCAGCUAGAAUGCAUGAAAACACAUUUUUAUGUACAUUGAUGUUUGGAUCAUUUCAGUUCGUCUUCUGAUGAAUCAGGUAACUCAUCACAUUUGAUUGUGUCCUCUUCAUUUCGGUCCCACAGAAUCUGGAAGUCAUUCUUGGCUACCUGGUACA